AUGUCCACUACAUCCAGCCAGGAACUGGUGCUGGUGGAAUAUGAGUAUGAAUAUACAGCCAGAGAUGGCACGGUAGUAUCCAUCAGGCCAAACGAGCGAUACAUCUUACUUUGCAAAACCAGCAACCACUGGUGGCAGGUUUGCAAGGACAAGAACACCAAACCCUUCUAUGUCCCAGCCCAGUAUGUCAAGGAGAUCCCCUCCAGCCUUCCAUCACCACUGGACAGUACCCCCUUUGCUGGCCGGGUAACCCAGGAGGAAAAGAAGAUGCAUGCGGAUGGGCUUGAGUGGAAGCUUAAUGACGUCAGUAUGCGAGUACACCCGUCUACAGACUCCGGCGUGAAACCCGAGAUACGCAUGUCAACGUUUGGCAUCCCCCAAGAUAUCCAUGACUUAGCACGCAGUCUUAAAGACCCCAGGGUCAGUGAGAGAGGAGCCGCAAUCUCCUCUAAAGACAGUCUGCAGCACACGAAGAGACAUAGUUUCACCCUGGAUGUUUUACCCGGCUCCCAGCCAGCGGCAGAUGACUGUCGGAAUCUUCCCCUAAAGCCCCGGGUGCCCAGUUUCAACCCAGCAGACCCAGUUGUAAGAUUCAUACAGGCAAAUCUGCCAGAUCCAACCAUUUGUAAAGAUGCUGAGCAGAAAGGACAUGAGAAGCAGACAGAAUCGCCAGCAGAGGACAGCCAACGGUCUGAUUUAUGGCAGAACACUGAGAAUGUUUAUGAAUCAAUAAUGGACUCUGUGGGCCCUGAAUUAAAGACCCCAAAGCAGACUGAAAAGGACCCUCCUGCAACUCCCAGCCCAGCGUCUGAUCCAGUUUCCAUUCCAGCUUUGAUUCCAGUUUCUGCUCCCGUUUCAGCUCUCUUACAAGUUCCAGGCCCUGCUUUUGCACAGGCUAAUGCCGAGUGCUCAGAGACUGCAGUUUACGUCAACAUAGAGGCGCUCCGGAAGAACAUCCACCAAUCGCCGCCCGCAAUCGCCGUGUCUCGACACCGGUCCCUGGACUCCCAGGAAUGGGAGGUACACACUGACCAGGAGAGCGGACAAGAAUAUUAUUACAACCCUGUAACUAGACAGACCACCUGGGAAAAUCCCUUUGCCCCUCACACGGACCCCGAGUUCUCUCAGGAGGAUCUUCCCCCGCCCUCGCCGACCUACUCCCCUCCCUCAGCCGAUUUGGUGGACUCCGACUGGGAGAAGUUAUUUGAUGAGAGCAGUGGUUGCCACUAUUUCUACAACCACGUGACUAAGGAGACGUCUUGGGAUCCCCCAGAAGAGCUUCCUUCUCCUCCCAUGGAGCCUCUGGAUACACAAGCGUUCAGGCUGGAUGGGCCCCCCCCGCUACCUGAGGAGGAUUAUCUUGACAGUCCCCAGGAGACUGAGCUGAUGUUGACCUUUGCUAAAGAAAGCCAUUUCACCCGGACUGUCAUCCCACGAGCCAGCUUGGACCCUGGCACUCCUCCGGGCUGGACGCAGUCUAUGGACCCAGACGGCCUGCUGGUCUUCACCAGCGAUAUCACGCAGGAACAGUGGAUCAAGUCUGUGGAUGACAGGGGACAGACCUACUACUACCUAAGGGAUGGAUCCAAAUCUCAAUGGAACUUGCCAGAGAUUUCGGUGACCAGCCAGCCCAGGAUGGGGAAUGGCGUGAACCAGGAGGGUGCGUCAAUGUUCAAGAACUGGAGGCACACCAUGAGCCCAUCCCAGUUCAGCUCACCGCAUGACGACUUGCAGAAGUUCUUCCCAACUCACAAGAGGAACGUCUCUGAUCAUGGCAGCGAUGUGUCCAGCUCAGGAAAUUCCCCCGAGCUGCAGCAUCAUCCGUAUAGGUUCAGGCAUCGGAGGAAUCCCUCCGUUCAGAGCUAUGAGCUUCAGCAGCACAAUAUUUUAGAAAAGGCUGGAAUUCUCAACAAAACCAAGGUCUCUGAGAAUGGGAAAAAGUUACGGAAAAACUGGACUCAGUCUUGGACUGUACUCCAUGGGGGAAUUCUGACUUUUCACAAAGACCCCAAAUCUGUCCCAGCAGGAUCCUCGAACAAGAUAAAUCAAAUAGCCCCAGAGUUCACCGUGGAGCUACGAGGGGCGACGAUAACCUGGGCUUCAAGAGACAAAUCCAGCAAGAAAAAUGUCCUGGAGCUGAAAACACGGACGGGGGCUGAGUUUCUGAUGCAGUAUGACACCGAAAGCACCAUAAGCGACUGGCAUAGGGCAAUCACAGAAACAAUUCAACAGCUGGAGCUGCACUCCUGUGAAGAAGAGGACGGGGAUAGCUUGAGAAAGUCUACCAACAAGCCAGGUGCUCUGGUCACAGACCCAGAGCAGAAGAAAGUGCGCACAAAACUCCUCAAAUUCUUGCAGAAACGACCCACGCUGCAGUCCGUCAAGGAAAAGGGCUACAUCAAAGAUAAUGUGUUUGGAUGCCCUUUGGUAACACUGUGUGCCCAGGAGAGAACCACUAUACCCAGAUUUGUAGAAAAGUGCAUCAAUGCGGUGGAAAAAAGAGGUUUGGACAUUGAUGGAAUUUAUCGAGUUAGCGGGAACCUCGCUGUCAUUCAGAAGCUGCGACACAAGGCAGAUCACGACGAACUGGACCUGGAGGAUGGGCAGUGGGAAGACGUUCAUGUCAUCACUGGCGCUCUGAAGCUCUUCUUCCGAGAGCUGCCUGAGCCGCUCUUCCCUUACAGUCAUUUUAACAACUUCAUCGCAGCCAUCAAAAUUUCUGAUUACAACGAGAAGGUGGCCUACAUGUCUAAGCUAGUGAAGUCUCUCCCUGCACCCAACCAUGACACAAUGGAGCUUCUCUUUAGUCAUUUACGCAGAGUUAUUGACUUUGGGGAGGCGAACCGCAUGUCAGUUCAGAACGUGGCCAUCGUCUUCGGACCCACGUUGCUGAAACCUGAGACGGAGUCUGCCAACAUCACGAUGUACAUGGUAUUCCAGAACCAGAUUGUGGAACUUAUCUUGAACGAGUACAACAAUAUCUUUUAAGCACACGGAAUUCCUUCCUCCCCUCAACUUCAGCAACUUUGAUGAUGUUAAUAAGGGUCGCCAAGACAACGAUUGGAAGCUUGUUUAGAGACUGCAGAGGCUGGGGGGUCUGUAUUGAGGAGGUCAGGCGCUGUGCAACAGCACUGUGAUUCCAGCACUUGGUCCUGUAAUCUUAUCUUCACCUUUAUAUAUUUGGUUUUGAGCCAGAACUUUCUGUGACAAACUACAUCAAGCGGUAGCAGUCCCUUCCUCCCUACCUCACUGUCAGUUCAUAUGCUAUUAACUGCAUGGAUUUUGUUUUUGAAUGAGUUGUAUACUUUCAGCUGUCAUCUUUAGCCCAUUUCUUGCUGGUGAGUCUCCACCAGCUGAAGAUGCUGUGAUAUUUCAGAUCAUUAUGCAGGAAGCGCCAUUUCUUAAAAUGCUGAGGUUUUUAGGAACAUGCUAAAACAGACAUUCAGUACAAGCUAUUGAACAGUUUUUGUGUAGUUUUAUCUAUAUUGUAACUACAUUAAAGAAUUCAUUUUAUUUUCCACCACAGUAUAGAAAGGAUUGUGUAAAUUACAUUUUUAUCAUUUUUUUUUAUGUAAACAGGCGGCUGUACAGUUGUGCCUAAUUAAAUUUUAAAGCAGUGUUUAUGCUGUUAAUGACCACAAUCUUGUUUGUAAUAUUUAAAUAAUAUAUUAAUUGUGAACGAAGAGCAGAAUAUAGAUGUACAGUUUGCUAGCAUUAAUGUUAUGGAAGUUUUGAAGAGUCAAAAUCGGUGCAAGUUAAAGGCUAGUUAAUGUUACAAGGAUGGAAUCAUUGUAAAUAAAUAUUUACUUUGUAUAAGAACUGUAAUGUAUGUUUUGUCUUUUUAAUUAAAAAUGACCCUAUAAUGAA